GGAGCUAGAGCUGCAGUGCGAGUGGGGCUCGUGCUCGUUCGUGUGCUGGGCCCUGGAGGAGUUCUUCCAGCACCUGCAGCAGCACCUGCAGCAGCACCUGCGAGGCCCCGCCCGGCGGGAGGAUGACGACGACCUGAUGGCAGUUGGAGAGCAGGGACCGGGAGUUUGUCCAUUGAUCGCGCCUCCCCAGCGCCUGUCCCGCACUCGGUGGCCAUUCACUGCCGGUGUUUGCUGAAUGAACUCCUGGCAACGCGGGCGAGUCUGGCCUCCGCCCGUACUGCGCAGUGCCGCGGGGAGAAGGUCGAGCUGGACAUUGCAGAGUGCACCUCUUCCUCCCGAACCCCUCUCUGCAGAGGAAGAAUUCUCCUGCUUGUGGCAGGAGUGCGGCUUUUGUUCUCUGGAAAGCUCUUCCGACCUCGUCCGCCACGUCUACUUCCACUGCUACCACACCAAGCUGAAGCAGUGGGGCCAGCAGGCGCUGCAGAGCCAGGCCGACCUCAGCCCCUGUAUCCUGGACCUGCAGAGCCGCAACAUCAUCCCUGACAUCCCCGACCGCUUCCUGUGUCUAUGGGAACACUGCGAGAGCGCCUUCGACAAUCCCGAGUGGUUCUAUCGGCACGUGGACGCGCACAGUCUAUGCUGUGACUACCAGGCCGUGGGCAAGGACAACCACGUGGUGGCCUGCGGCUGGAAAGACUGCACCUGCACCUUCAAGGACCGCUGCAAGCUCCGGGAGCACCUGCGCAGCCACACGCAGGAGAAGGUGGUGGCGUGCCCCACCUGCGGGGGCAUGUUUGCCAACAACACCAAGUUCUUGGACCACAUCCGACGCCAGACGGCCCUGGACCAGCAGCGUUUCCAGUGCUCUCACUGCUCCAAGAGGUUCGCCACGGAGCGCCUGCUGCGGGACCACAUGCGCAACCACGUGAAUCACUAUAAGUGCCCCCUGUGCGACAUGACCUGCCCGCUGCCAUCCUCCCUGCGCAACCACAUGCGCUUCCGCCACAGCGAGGACCGGCCUUUUAAGUGUGACUACUGUGACUACAGCUGCAAGAAUCUGAUCGACCUCCGGAAGCACCUGGACACACACAGCCGAGAGCCAGCCUACAGGUGUGACGUGGACAAGUGCAGCUUCUCGGCACGCUCCCUCUCGUCCAUCAAGGCCCACUACCGGAAGGUUCACGAGGGAGACUCAGAGCCACGGUACAAGUGCCACGUCUGUGAUAAAUGCUUCACCCGGGGCAACAACCUCACCGUGCACCUUCGCAAGAAGCAUCAGUUCAAGUGGCCCUCGGGGCACCCCCGUUUCCGGUACAAGGAGCACGAGGACGGCUACAUGCGGCUGCAGCUGGUCCGCUACGAGAGUAUGGAGCUGACACAGCAGCUGCUGCGGCAGCCACAGGAGGAGUCGGACCUGGGAACGUCCCUGAAUGAGAGCAGCCUGCAGGGCAUCAUCCUGGAGACGGUGCCCGGCGAGCCGGGCUGCCAGGAAGAGGCGGAAGAGGAGGAAGAAGGUGGGGAGGGGUCGGCCCUCGCAGCCUCCCAGGACUCCCCGAGCCCCAUCAUCCACGUGGUGGACCAGACCAAUGCGCAGGGCGAGCGAGAGAUCGUCUACUACGUGCUGUCCGAGGCCCCGGGAAAGCCCCCCCCACGCCCGGAGCCCCCCAUAGCAGGCAGCACAGGAAGCCGUCAGGGGAUAGCCGAGGAGCCAGAAGUCCAGAAGGUUUGACAGGCACAUGCGUGGAGGCCUCGCUUCAGGCCCGGGCUCAGCAGCAGGUGACCCUGGAAGGGCUGAGACUCAGCGCUCCCGGGCGUGCCCGGCCUGCCCGCAGCCUGGCAGCCUCCCCGGGACUCUCCCUUCUCCAGCCCUGAGGUUGGGCUUUUGAGGGCACUGUGCUGUGUGUCUUUGUGGAGGGGACUCAGACCAGAUUUCACCCCAACCCCUGGGCCCAGCAGACAGUGAUUCAAGUCCUUAGCAGCUUGUGAUCAUUCCUCUCCUUCCGGGCCCUGAGGCCCGGGGGAAUUUGUUCAGGACUCCCCUAUGGCUUUCUCAUUCCCAGCCGGACCCUGUGAGCCAAUCAGGGAUGUUUAGGGGCUGGAGCACUAGCACAGCAGGAAAGGCUUUUUCCUUGCACACGGUUGACCCAGGUUCGAUCCCCAGCAUCCCAUCGGGUCUCCCGGAAUAUGGCCAGGAGUGAUUCCUGAGCACAGAGCCAGGAGUAAGCCCCGAGCACUGCUCCAAAGCCAAACAGAAAAGAAAGGAGCCCUUCUGUCACCCUGCGAUCCAUUCACCCAGUUAGCCUCAGGGACAGGGUCGGGGGGGGGUGUCGGUCAUUUUGGUAAUAAAAGCAUUGCUUGGA